GAUGUGCAGCAGCAUGUAAAUAUCAACAAGGACAAUAUCAAUUACAAUUCGCAAGAGAUCGACAAUAUGUCCAUCUUCAACUUACAUAUCUUCGUUAUCCAAUAGGAACUAACACUUGGACUGGAAUUGCUUUUGGACAUUCAAUGAAUGAUGGUCUUGAUUUCAUUAGUGUCCGUAUAUUCAACAAUAAGAUAUCAGUAACUGAUGAAUUUGUUCGAGGCUAUAGACCACCGAAAUUGGAUGCUAAACAAAAUGUAAUUGUCCAGCACGCUUCAUUAGAUAAUGGGGAUUUACGAAUUCGAUUUGCUAGACCAGUGCUUUCAAAUGAUACUGCUGAUUUCUCGCUCGCUAGCUGUUUGCCGUGGCAGUUUCCAUUUAUGUUAUCACCACUCGAUUCUGCUGGACAAAUUCGUAAGCACCAAAUCAGUCCGCUGGGAAUGGUUAUCUGCAUGGAUCAGUGUCCGUGCGGACCUACUUCUACCUUGAACCGAUGUCAGUUAUGA